UCACCUUAGACAGUCGCAUGAACAUUUACGUACAUAGCCACCCCAUCUUUCUCUCUGUCUCCUUUUAAAUGAUGUUAACAACUUAGAGCACAAUAAGAUACAGCAAUUCAAACACCCUCAUCUUUGGCUGUCUCUUGUUCCAUUUCCUCCUUAUCUAUCUAUUAUCAUGUCCCUUGUCAGUAGAAAUGUAUAAAGAGGAAGAGAGUUCCAGUCAUUUGGUUUUUAACUCGGCCUGAAACCUUGGUAGUGGCGAAUUCACUUCACAGUGAUCGAGGAACGUUGAGAUUUUAAGUGACACUUGACUUUCAAGGCAUUGAAGUUUCUUGUUAUUUUCAAGGAAUGAACUUUCAGUAAAGGACUUGCAGAUUUAAAGGGAGCAAAGAUGAAUACUAGCGCGAGGAAUAGGCUGCAGUCCAUGAAAGCUCCAAUGAAGCUUGAAAAAGAGAAGGCUGAAAUGCAGGGGAGCAAACCAAAUGUUGCCAAAAACAGACGAAUCUCGAGCAGAGAGAGGAAAAUAGCAUUGCAACAAGAUGUUGAUAAUCUAAAGAAGCAACUUAGGCACGAAGAGAAUAUUCACAGAGCUUUGGAGAGAGCUUUCAGCAGACCGUUGGGAGCUCUCCCUCGCCUUCCUCCAUAUCUCCCUCGUGCGACGCUGGAGCUUCUUGCAGAAGUGGCUGUUUUGGAAGAGGAGGUGGUUCAGCUUGAAGAACAGAUUGUCUAUUUUAGGCAAGACUUGUACCAAGAAGCUGUCCACAUUUCAAGCUCCAAAAGGAACAUGGGAAGUUUUUCCGAUUUAUACAACUUGUACCGAAAAAAGAAUCACAAGCCAGAUCAGUUGAAGUCCUUGGCUCAAAAUCUGGACAAAUCAGCCGCUUCCAUGAAAAGGCAUUUGCCAUCCCUUUCCAAUGGAACAGGGAAAGAGAAUGCAUUCUCUACUGCUAAUUCUAUGAAGAACAACAAAGGAUCCUCAAUCCAUAAAGCUCAGACAAGCAAAAAUAUGGUCAUAAUACCUGCCGUCAACAAUGGAUCAGCAGAAAAGACAUUAGAUUCUCCUAAGUUACAGCUAGAACGCAGAGUAACAGGCCAAGAAAAUGUGGAAGCAAGAACUGUUGUUAGUCCAGGUGAAAGGCUAUCAGGAGAUGACAGCCCGAACAAGGUGUCUGAGGACAUCAUGAAAUGCUUGUCAAGCAUUUUCUUACGAAUGAGCUCAGUGAAAAAUAAGCCUACUGCAGAUAAUUUACCUUUCUCGUCAACAUUAGUCUCUCAAGAAAAUGGGAAAGAAAUUGAAUGUCGGGAUCCAUAUGGUAUAUGCUCAGAAUUUGGAAACAGAGAUAUUGGGUCAUAUAAGCGUUUGUUUUCAAUAGAACCUGGGGCGAUUAAUCCCAACCGAACAUCAAAUUCUUUGUUUCUACUUCACAGACUUGAACUUCUAUUGGGGAAACUUGCCUCCGUCGACUUGCAGAACCUCACUCAUCAGGAGAAACUUGCGUUCUGGAUAAAUAUUUACAAUUCCUGCAUGAUGAAUGCAUUUCUAGAACAUGGAAUCCCCGAGAGUCCUGAGAUGGUUGUUGAACUAAUGAGAAAGGCAACAAUAAAUAUUGGAGGACACCUGCUAAAUGCAAUAACUAUAGAACAUUUCAUCCUUAGACUGCCUUAUUACUCAAAAUACACAAUUUCAAGAGGCGCAAAAAAUGAUGAAAUGGCAGCGAGGAACAUAUUUGGAUCGGAGUUAUCUGAACCACUGGUAUCAUUUGCCCUUCGCUGUACAAGCUGGUCCUCCCCUGCUCUGCACUGAGAGUGAAAACAAACGCGAGAGUCCAAGCAAUGACAGUUCCAUCAAAGAAUAUUUAUUAGGUGUAGACAGUGAGUGGCAGGCAAUUUCUCCGUCUGGCAUGCUAAUGAAUGGAUCUCUAUGCAUUCCACUUGAUAUAAUUUAAUUACAAGACAUUCAAAGAAGGUAUUGCUGCUGAUGCAUCCUUUAACAAUUGUGGUCCACAUGAAAGCAUCCCAGAUCACCUUCAAUGCUCAGCACAGGUUGGUGCCAUUUCCACACUCCUCUGGCAGCUUUCACGAUCACUUAGCCGGCCAAUCAAGGUUCCGUGCGAAUUUGAAAUGCUUGAUCGCCAUGAUCUUCGUUAUGGUUUUUGGAUCAUAUAUAAAUACUUAGAAUCUAUUAUAUUAAGAAUUCAUUAUAA